AUGGUAACGGGGAGGGGAAUACACCUGCGGGAACGGGAGGGGCGGGGCGCAUCAGAGGAAGCCGAGGAGGACGGCGGCGCCGAGCACGAAGAGCCAGACGAUGUGGACGAGCAGCAGCGCCUGGCCCGAGACGGGCGCGGAGCCGGCGCCGACCUCGCAGUAGCCGCGGCGAGCCACGCGGGCCCCCGCGCAGGUCGCCUCGGGGCAGCCGCACCAGUACGUGACCCCGUCGGCGCCGCAGACCGGGUCCGGGCGGAAGCACCGCACCGGGCACAGCGGGACGUCGCCGUCCCCGUCCGCGACGGCGGCCGCGCAGGGGUCGCCGGACUCCGCCGCCGCCGCGGCGGCGGGCGUGGGGAAGAGGAGGCUAGGGUUUGCGCGAGGAGGAGCGAGAGCGUGGCGAGGAGGAUGAGGUGGACGAGGCGCGAGGGCGGCAUGCCGGGCGUCGCCGGCGGCCGAUGGUCGCCGGCGAGGGGCGGGGCGUGA